ACUUUCUACGUAGCCGUCUCGCUUGUUGUUGUGCCCACCGGCAAGAUGGCGGCGCCCAGGGGUUGUCAGCUGAUGAUCGCCGGGUUCUCGGUGGUGUUGUGGUGGGCGCGCCUGGCCUGUGGGUCUGCCGAGGAUGGAAGCUUCAAGUGUGAAGAGCUGCGGCUGGGACAAUAUAUGUGUCUGGACCCAAAAAUAAACCCGAUCACGCAGGAACCGUUCAAAUGUGCCAACCUAACGGCUUUUGCUCCAUGUUAUCCGGCACCGAAUAUUUCCUGUAAAGAUCACGAGGGGAAUGUCACAACCUUCUCUGGUAAAGAAGUUGGCUUCUUCCGGCCGUUUCCCUGCCGCAACGUAAAUGGUUAUUCCUACAAAGUAGCAGUGGCCUUGUCCUUGUUUCUCGGAUGGCUCGGAGCCGACAGAUUCUACCUGGGUUACCCCGCUUUAGGAAUGCUGAAGUUUUGCACAGUCGGGUUCUGCGGAAUUGGCAGCCUAAUUGACUUCAUUCUCAUCGCCAUGCAGAUUGUUGGCCCGUCUGAUGGAUCGAGCUACAUCAUUGACUACUACGGAGCCAGGCUCACCCGAUUAAGUAUUAAUAAUGAAACAUUCAGAGAGGCGCAGUUAUAUCCAUGAGCUGUGUGCCCGAGAGCGUCUGGACGGUGACUCCCGACAAUUCACAGGCACUCAUUGUGGAUUUUCACCUUUUGACGUCCGACAAGUGCUUGAAAGAAAUGGAGGCCAAAACAUCUGGAAUUUCAGUGAACGGAGGAGGAAAAUCCGUGUUGGCAGUUUUUUUUUUUGGCAAAGCAUUAAAGACAGAAAUGUGCAGCCUAUGGAACUUCUUACCCGUGUCAACACUUCUGUCUCUAUCAAGUUAAAAUCCCUCCUGAAAUGACCAACAAGCGCCCACAAACGGAAUCCCCCCACCAUAUUUCGAAGAAGCCCCCCUCGGUCUCUGGAAUCAAUGGGGGAAUUUGCAAAUAUCUUAUUUGUUGCUAACCUGGAUGGUGAAAUUCCAAUUACCGCCCCCAAGCGCAUACGAUAUGGCCUAUUUAUAAAGGCAGAAUCCUUGAGGAAGCAUCUUUUUUAUUUUAUUUUUUAUUUUUUUCAUAUUUAUAAAGUUGCUUUUGGACUUUUUUUUUAUUCUUAUUUUUUUCCUACUCAUUGACCAAUGGGGGGGAAAUGACUCAGUACAGAUACAUUUACAGUUUAAUAAAUACUUUAUGCUGGUUUUUCAUUUA